GGUCCUAGCAAAGAUUGUGCGCAUACUUACAUUGAGAUCCAGUGUCAAAGCAUCAUGAUUUGCAACAAUCGGCUUUUCGUCGUGGGGGUGUUCCUCCUGGCUUUGUCUAUUGAGCAAGGCCAUUGUUUCUUUUGGGGUACACGAUGGGAGCGAAGUUUCUUUGUUCCGGCGAUUGCCACCACCAAUGGCGAUGAUGAUUGCCGAGUUGAGGCCACUGGGACCAAUGCCCCUACUCGAGUCCAAGGUGAUUUCAGACACGAUCAAGACUUCCUCUCGAAUGUGGGCCUUAACAAUACGUUUCGCGUUUGCCAAGUUUUGGAGCGAAGAAGAUUCGGAUGGUUUGGUGGCAACACACGGACCAGUUACAACUACUUGACCGGAACAGUUGGUUCCCUCCUAAGAGCAAUCAUUGCCUGAGACCAGACAGUCUGAAGAAUUGCCAAGUAUUGAUUCAAAGACCUAUUUGGUCUGCAUGGCUUCAACGUUAAUUAAAGAAACAUUUCCAAUGGAGAUGAAUUGAAUGAAAUAAAAGGUUGCUGACAUCAAAA